AUGAGCUGCUUGGGGAUGGCCUUUGCAGUUGUGCUGUUCCUGACUGGCCUGGCUUCUUAUCAUGGAUUCAACUUGGAUGUGGAGGAGCCCCUGGUCUUCCAAGAGGACGGAGCCAGCUUUGGCCAGAGCGUGGUCCAGUUUGACAGAUCUAGACUGGUGGUGGGAGCCCCCUUGGAGGUGGUCACAGUCAACAAAACGGGACGGCUGUACGACUGCACGCCUGCCACCCGUGGGUGUCAGCCCAUCUCGCUGAACACCACCUCAGAGGCUGUGGACAUGUCCCUGGGCCUGUCCCUGGCGGCCUCCACCCAUCUCUCCCAGCUGUUGGCCUGCGGCCCGACUGCGCACAAAGCCUGCGGGGAGAACGUGCACGUGAAAGGCACUUGCCUCCUGUUGGACUCCCGUCUGCAGAUCGUCCGGACGGUCCCCGCCGCCCCGCCAGAGUGUCCAAAUCAAGAGAUAGACAUUGCCUUCUUGAUUGAUGGCUCUGGCAGCAUUGACCGAGCCGACUUUAAACGAAUGAAGGACUUUGUCAGAGCUGUGAUGGACCUGUCCAAGGGCACCGACACGCAGUUCUCGCUGAUGCAGUAUUCAAACCUUAUGAAGACCCACUUCACCUUCAGCCAAUUUCAGACCACUCGGAACUCUCGGAGCCUAGUGGAUCCUAUCGCCAAACUGAAUGGUCUGACGUUCACAGCCACCGGUAUCCGGAGAGUGGUGAGAGAACUAUUUCACAGUAGGAAUGGGGCCCGUAUGAAUGCCAAGAAAAUCAUCAUUGUCAUCACAGACGGGGAGAAAUUUAAAGACCCCCUGCAAUACAGCGACGUCAUCCCUGAGGCAGAGAAAGCCAACAUCCUCCGUUACGCCAUCGGGGUGGGAGAUGCUUUCCAGGCACACACUGCCAGGCGGGAGUUGAACACCAUUGGCUCCAUGCCUUCAAAGGACCACGUGUUCAUGGUGGACAACUUUGCAGCACUCAGCAGCAUCCAAGUGCAGCUUCAGGAGAAGAUCUUUGCAGUUGAGGGAACUCAGUCGAGGACAAGUAGCUCCUUCCAGCAUGAGAUGUCUCAAGAAGGCUUCAGUUCCAUCCUCACAAUGGAUGGGCCUGUUCUGGGGGCUGUGGGGAGCUUCAGCUGGUCUGGAGGUGCCUUCUUGUACCCCCAAAAUAAGAACCCCACCUUCAUCAACAUGUCCCAGGAGCACGUGGACAUGAGGGACUCUUACCUGGGUUACUCCACAGAGCUGGCCCUUUGGAAGGGGCAACAGAGCCUGAUCCUGGGGGCCCCCCGCCAUCAGCACACCGGGAAGGUGGUCCUCUUCACCCAGGUGUCCAGGCAAUGGAGGCCGAAGGCUGAAGUCACAGGGAGCCAGAUCGGCUCCUACUUCGGGGCCUCCCUCUGCUCCGUGGAUGUGAAUGGAGAUAGUAGCUCUGACCUGGUCCUCAUCGGGGCCCCCCAUUUCUACGAGCAGACCCAGGGGGGGCAGGUGUCCGUGUGCCCAUUUCCCCGGUGGACAGCUAAGUGGAAGUGUAAUGCUGUUCUGCGAGGGGUGCCGGGCCACCCCUGGAGCCGCUUUGGGGCAGCCCUGACCACGAUGGGGGAUGUGAAUGGGGACAGGCUGGUGGAUGUGGCCAUUGGGGCCCCGGGAGAGCAGGAGAACCAGGGUGCUGUUUACCUGUUCCACGGAACCUCAGAACUGGGCAUCAGCCCCUCCCACAGCCAGCGGAUCACAGGCUCCCAGCUCUCCCUCGGGCUCCAGUAUUUCGGGCGUUCGCUGAGCGGGGGUCAGGACCUCACGAAGGAUGGACUGGUGGACCUUGCUGUGGGGGCCCGGGGACACGCGCUGCUGCUCAGGAGCCUGCCAGUGCUGAAGGUGAACGUGACUAUGAAAUUCACACCCCCGGAGGUGACAAAGGCUGUGUAUCAGUGCUGGGAUGAGCUGACCACCACCAUGGAAGCUGGGCACGCCACAGUCUGUCUCACCAUCCACAAAAGCUCACAGGAUCGCCUAGCUGACGUCCGAUGCUCUGUCACAUACGAUCUGGCGUUGGAUCCAGGUCGGCUGAUUUCUCGUGCUGUUUUUGGUGAGACCAAGAACUGGACUUUGACUCGAAGAAAAACCCUAGGGCUGGGAGAGCACUGUGACUCCAUGAAGCUGCUUUUACCAGACUGUGUGGAGGACAUGGUGAACCCCAUUAUCCUGCGACUCAACUUCUCCCUGGUUGGGGAGCCCAUCGCCUCAUCUCAGAACCUCCGCCCUGUGCUGGCUGUAGGCUCCCAGGACCUCUUCACGGCCUCCCUCCCCUUUGAGAAGAACUGUGGGCAUGAUCACCUUUGUGAAGGGGACCUCAGUGUCAACCUGAGCUUCUCAGGGUUGGAGAUCCUGGUGGUGGGGAGCUCCCUGGAGCUCAAUGUGAUAGUGAUGGUGUCCAAUGAGGGCGAGGAUUCCUAUGGAACAGUGAUCAGCUUCUACUAUCCAGCAGGGCUGUCCUAUCGACGCACGUUAGCAAUCCAGCAACCUGGUCAGCGUCCCCUGCGCCUGGCAUGUGAAGCAGUGCCCACCAGAAACGAGGGCCUGAAGAGCAGCAGCUGUAGCAUCAACCACCCCAUCUUCCAUGAGGGCAUUAAGGGCACCUUCAUAGUCACAUUUGAUGUCUCCUACAAGGUCACCCUAGGAGAUAAGUUGCAUCUCAGGGCCAAUGUAAGCAGUGAAAAUAAUAAACCUACAUCCAACAAGACUACCUCCCAGCUGGAGCUCCCAGUGAAAUAUGCUGUCUACACAGUGAUCAGCAGUCAAGAAGAAUCCACCAAGUACUUCAAUUUUUCAACUUCUGACCAGAAGAGCACAAGAGAAGCUGAGCAUCGAUAUCGUGUGAAUAACCUGAGUCAGCGUGAUCUGGCCAUCAGCGUUCAUUUCUGGGUCCCCGUUCUGCUGAACGGUGUGGCCGUGUGGGAUGUGGCGUUGGUGGCCCCUUCACAGAGUCUCCCCUGUGUGUCAGAGAGGGAACCUCCGCAGCAGCCGGAUUUCCAGAUCCAGAUGCCAAGCAGUCUUGUGCUGAACUGCUCCGUCGCUGACUGCCUGAGGUUCCGCUGUGACAUCCCCUCCUUCGGCGUCCAGGAGGAGCUUGACUUCAUCCUAAAGGGCAACCUUAGCUUCGGCUGGACCAGCCAGUUGCUGCAGAAGAAGACGUUGGUCGUGAGCAUGGCUGAAGUCACAUUCAACAGAUCUGUGUACACCCAGAUUUCAGGACAGGAGGCAUUUUUGAGAGCCCAGGUGGAGAUGGUGCUAGAAGAGUAUGAGGUCUACAACCCCAUGCCCCUCCUUGUGAGCAGCUCCAUGGGAGGACUGCUGCUCCUGGCCCUCAUCACAGCCCUACUGUACAAGUGUGGCUUCUUCAAACGUCAAUACAAAGAAAUGAUGGAUAACCAGCCUGAAGACACUGCUGUACUCAACGGGGAAGAUAUCCACAGUGAGACCCCAGAUCCACCUUUGUCCGAAUAA